GCAGUGCUCCCAUUCGCGCGCAUCGACCAUGCUACCGCCGUCCGCUGCUCGUAGCGCCUGCCUCCCCUACGCCCCGGGCCCGGGGCGAGGCAAGAAGGGAUCCGCAGCCAUGGCUCAUGAGGGGGCUGUCUCUGUCUGCCUGUCGGCACGACGGGCGCGAGGCUUGGCGCGUGAGGCGGGCAGGGACGUAGCCAACGCGCCAGCGUGCCCCAAGCGCAGCGCGCGCUGGCGCGUCCCUUCCCUUGGCGACCGGCGGAGAGCCGCUCCAGCGACUGUGUCACUGUGAUGAGCCACGGUGGGCGGUGGCUAGCAGACAGCCGGUGGCGAUCUGCUACGCCACCGCGGCUGCGGGGAGCCCCAUGCCUGUGUCCGGCGCCCUAGCGGAUAUGGCCUGUGUCCUCACUCCUCAGCCUCUCAGGGGGAGCUCUCACCUGUAGCUGCUGGCAAUCAACCGCAGUGACAUCAACUAAGACUCAGUCGCACUCGUAGCCUGCAACGAACUUGAGGAUCCGUAGGAGCACCCUGAUGCGAUUUCCAUGGUUCAUCAGCGAUGAGUUAAGGAUGAUGCAAGCUUUCCUCAGAGCAGCCGAUGGAGCGCGUGAGAACACUGGGGUGCUCAAGGCGUAUUUGGAACUGAUCCGCGACUUGGCCUAUGACAUUGAAGACAGUCUUGAGGAGUUCAUGGUUUUCAUCAAGCACAAGAGCCUUGUGCAGCAACUGCUUAGCUUGCGAGCGCGUCAUCGCAUUGCUGUCCAGAUACGCACUCUCAAACUUAGAGUCCAGGAGGUGAGCCAGAGGAACACACGGUACAACUUGAUCAAGCUCACACCUUCCAUCUCCAGUGAUGUGACACUUGACAUGGAGCUGACUCGAAAUCUCACAGCACUAUAUGUUGAGGAAACACAACUAUUUGGUUUGGACAAACAGAAGGAGAAACUAAUGGACUUAAUAGCCAAUCCUAAGGUGCCCGUGGACAUGGAGCCAGGAAUAAGCAAAUCUGGUCCAAGAGUGGUCUCUGUUGUUGGAAUGGGCGGCCUUGGCAAGACAACUCUUACCAAGAAAGUGUAUGAUAGCAAGGAUCUUGGUGACAUUUUUGAGAUCCGUGCUUGGAUUGCAGUGUCUCAAUCAUUUGACCCAAAAGAGCUUCUCAAAGAGAUGAUCAAGCAACUCUUUGGGGCUCACUCGUUGAAAGAAUUCUUAGAAGAACAUCAAGGGCAAGUGCUGGAAGUAAAACACCUCACGAACUACCUGCGUGGAAGACUCCUGGAGAGAAAGUAUCUUGUUGUUCUGGAUGAUGUUUGGACCCUUGAAGCUUGGAAUUGCAUGAGUAUUGCUUUCCCAGAGAACAGUAAGGAUGGCAGUUGUGUAGUAUUGACUUCACGAAAUCACAAAUUAGCUGAGCUUUGUAGCCCCCCCUCACAGAUAUAUCAGCCUGAAAUCCUUGAGGAAAAAGAUGCUAGAAGCUUGUUUCUGAAAAAGACAAAUAAAAGCUCAGGUGACUUAGACAAAGAUGAUCGUACCAAGGGAAUAGUUGAGAAGAUACUGAACAAAUGCGGAGGACUACCACUCGCCAUAGUGACAAUAGGAGGCCUACUAGCCAGCAAGGAUACAAGGGAGUGGGAGAAUCUGUACAAUCAACUCCCUUCAGAACUUGCAACCAAUCCUAGCCUUGAAGCACUGAGGCGAGUGGUUCAUCUUAGUUACAACCAUCUGCCUUCACAUCUGAAGCCUUGCUUUCUGAAUCUCAGCAUCUUUCCUGAAGAUUUUGAGAUUGAACGCAAACACCUGGUGGAUAGGUGGGUAGCUGAAGGGUUUGUAACAAUUGCUACUAAUAGGAGAACACUUGAAGAAGUUGCUGAAAGUUUCUUCUAUGAACUCAUCAGUCGAAGCAUGAUUCAACCAGCUAAGUUAGAUGCUCUUGGAAAUGUGAAGACUUGCAGGGUUCAUGAUAUUGUGCAUGAUAUUGCAGUGUCAAUCUCUAGCCAGGACAACCAUGUUUUCUUAGUCGAAGAGCAUACAAGUUCCACCACUACAUCAAAAGAAAGCAUCCGGCACAUAUCAUGCUUUGCGAAUAGGAAACUGAAUAUUGGCAUGGACUUAAGCUGUGUUAGGUCUUUUACUGUGUUUGGAGAACCUUUGGAGCCAAUAGCGUCACUUUGUUCUUCUAAAUUCAAGAUGCUUAGGGUUCUGGAUCUUAAAAAUGCUGGUUUCCGUGCAGGGCAACAAGACAUCAGAAACAUCGGGUUGCUGCUACACUUGAAGUACUUGCAUUUUCCUAAUGUGGUUUCAGACAUGUAUUCUCUUCCAAGAUGCAUAGGAAACUUGCAAGCCUUGCAGACUCUAGACAUUCAGAAAUCAAGUUUUUCGGCACUACCAACUAACAUGAGUAAACUUCAAAAUCUUCGCCGUCUGCGGUGCAGCAGGGUACCAGAAAGUCCUCCCAGCAGCACCUUACAUUUAUUAAACCGAGCCAGCCAUGGUGAUCGUAAUGCAACUGCCAUUCUGCACAUGACCUUGUCUAGCUGUUGGUCUUUUUCAUCUGGCAUUAAAGUGCCCAAAGGAGUGGGAAGUUUAAAAAGGCUACAAAUACUAGAGAAGGUUGAUAUCAAGCGAACAAGUCGAAAAGCAAUUAAAGAGCUAGGGGAACUAACUCAGCUAAGGAAGUUAGUUGUGAGAGGGAAAGGGGCCUCCAAGAAAAAGUGCAGUGCGUUCUGUGUAGCUGUGCAGAAGCUGUCCUCCCUCCGUUCCCUCAAUGUGGGAACUAAGUCAACUUAUGAAGAGGGUAAAGCAGAUGGGCUGGAUAUGUUGGUUUCUUUUACAUCCCCUCUCCCUUUCCCCUCUCUCGAGCGGCUCAAAUUGAAGGGGCUUCUUCAGGAGAUGCCUACAUGGGUUGGUAAAUGCGUGAGCUUGGUGAAGAUUGACUUGAAGUAUUGUGAGCUUAAGGAAUUGGAGGCCGUAACUGAACUGCCAAACCUGAUGCAGCUUCGUCUUUAUCAUAUGGCAUAUGGUGCAGAGAAAUUAGUGUUCCACAAGCAUGCAUUCCCUGAACUGAGGAUCCUACAGCUUACUCAUUCAGCGGCACUAAGGGAGGUGACAUUUGAGGAGGGCAGCUCACCUAACAUGGAAAAAAUAAGGAUCGAGGAUUGCAGUCUGACAUCAGGGAUCAAUGGUAUCAAGCACCUUCCGAAACUCAAGGAGAUUUAUACCGUGGAAUGUAUAUUGGCAAAGCAAGAUGUGUUACAAGAGGAAGUGGACAAGCACAUGAAUCGCCCUGUGCUGCAAAUGCUGUCCUGUGAGCCUGCAAACCCUGAAGAAGAGACUGAGGGAAAGGUGGAAGUUACGGAGUCAAUUUCUGAAGCAGGGCAGAGCUUGCAGCUGCAGUCUUGAUCUGUCCUUACCCUCCUCGUUGUCAUUUGAGAAUCAACGGCAAGUCGGGCCAUGCUCCUGCACAUCAUAACGGACAUUAUUCUUCAUUGUCACUCUCCGUUGAUUAUUGCAGUAUCUAUCGUGUGUACUAUUCCAUCAAUUUGUGUCAUUGUAUCUUGUGGUUGCGGUUAUGUGUAAAUAAUCUGACCAGCAGACUUGUUCACUGUAUUCUGUACCGCAUGCGUGCUCAUGUCUGUCAUAAGCAAAACUUUUCUCCUA